UCAUGCUGCUGCCAGGUCCAGAGUCUCUCAUGGGUCCCUGUACGGCCUCCCAUUGCUGCUGUCUCCAUCGCCACACUCUGCCAUGUGCCACUUUCAGGUCUCCUCACACUGCUGGUGUGUUCCAUUUUUUGUCAUAGGGUGCUGGCAGAUUACGGGCCUCCCAUAGCUGCUGCCAGGCCCCUAAUCUGCCAUGGGCCCCUGUACCCCCUCCUCAUGCUGCUGCCAGGUCCAGAGUCUCUCAUGGGUCCCUGUAUACGGCCUCCCAUUGCUGCUGUCUCCAUCGCCACACUCUGCCAUGUGCCACUUUCAGGUCUCCUCACACACUGCUGGUGUGUUCCAUUUUUUGUC